GACGCCGGGCUCCGCUCGACCAAACUCUAGCUGGGACUGGUGUGCCGACUGCCAUCGUCCGCACGUGGGCGUGUGCGCGCGCGGCCCCGUCUGAAAAAGGACUCAGGGGCGUCGUCGAGGACCACUGACCACUCGUGCGGCUGCCCGACGAGCAGGAACCACUCCAGUGCCCGGGACCUCACCGGAGGGUCGGGGCCAGCAACCAGUCCAGCGGCAGACCAUGGGGGCUGGAGGCUCGACGGCCGGCGCGGCGGGCGACGACGAGGUCGAGUUCCGACCUAGAAGGCAGCGCUACGCGGGACCCGGCACGCAGCCCGUCCCGCCGGGCCAUCUGCGGGUGAGGGUCCCGCCCGGCCUCGGUCCUGGUAGUGAAGCCGCGUUUCAGACGCCUGAUGGGAGAGUCAUGCGCGCCGUGAUUCCGGCCGGCGCUAGAGCCGGUUCGGUGUUUGAUGUCAGACUCCCACCGCGGCGCGACAUCUCGGUGAGCGAGCGGCAAGAAGUGAAUGACAUGGCAGCCCGCCAAUUGAGUGCGAUGGCUGCUGUCCGAAACACCUUGGGCGACGUGGUCAUUGACGACGAAGCCAUCGAGGGGGCGUUGGUCGUGCACAACUUCGACGUGGAGAAGGCCGUGGCCCAUUUGAUCGAGAGCGGCGCGCUCACGCAGCGCGUGGCCAACGACUCCGGGACGCAAUUAGUCAAUCAACACUCCCGGGACGUCGGCGAGGACGCGCCCCUGCUCACGACGGCGCCGUCGCCGAAGCCCUCGGCGGACGCCUACGUGAAUGAAUUAAAUAGGCCGCUCGAGACGCAAGUCAACCCGCUGCGGGCGGGCCUGGCUUUGGAAAGCGGCCAAUCGCUGACGAGGGGCCGGCCGCACCGCCUCGACGAGUCGAAGGACGUGCUGGAUCCAUCAAGGUGCUUGCUGAGCGACGGCGGCAGCGCCGCGGACGCCAAGCCCGCCCCCAGUGACUUCCGGGCGGUCGACGCGAGCGGGGCGGAGGCCAAGACCGCGGCGCUGCAGCGCCUCGGCGCGCGAGACGCGGCGCGGGCCGACGCCAAGGCCGCCGCGCCCGUGAACGCGUCGCCUGGCGCGGGGCAAGCGACGACAGCUCCAGCCGUCUUCGAGCGGCAGAACGCCGCCGCCGUCCGCAGUUUAGCUCAAUCGCCCCUCACAACAACGGCAACAGCGGACCUCCUCGACUUCACGGCGUCCGCGAAAGACGAGCCCGCCCAGUUCUUCGAACCACAAAACAUGAGCGACGCCGACGCCAAGGAAGCCUUACAGGUCGUCGAGGCCAAGGAGGCCGCGGAAGAUACUCCGGUCACUACAUUGGAAGUAGUGGACUCGCACGUCGACCGCAUAUCGAUGGAAGACAUCGGAAAAUGCACAAAUAACUUCGGGACUUGUCUCGGCGAAGGCGGCGUCGGAAGUGUUUAUAGGGGCAAUCGUAAUGGGGAUGUGGCGGUGAAGCGGCUGAGAAACUUCUUCUCCGAGGGUUAUGAUUUCGUCGUCGAGGUGAACGUGUUGGCGCGCCUUGGACAUAGGAACCUGGUGCCGCUGUUGGGCUACACGUGCGACGCGACGGAGCGGUGUUUAGUGUAUGAGUUCUGCAAGGGCGGGUCGGUGUUUGCCAAAUUGCGGACGCCGCGCGCGUUAACCUGGUCCGACCGGUUGGAUAUCGCGGACGACGUCGCGAGCGGCCUGAAACAUUUGAGGGAGAACGACGUCGUGCACGGCGGCGUGAAGACGACGAAUAUCCUACUAGCGAGCAGUGAACCGCCCUACGUCGCGAAGCUGGGCGAUGGGGGCCUCGGACGACUAUUGGUCAGAAAUGAGGGCAAGCCGGUCAUCCCACAGACAGCCGUGGACCACUCUCGAGGUUAUGUAGAUCCCGCCUAUGCGAAGAAGGGGAACGUGGUGGCUGCCUCCGACGUCUACGCUUGUGGGGUGGUGCUGCUGGAACUGCUGUCGGGCCAGCUGCCGUUUACUCCUGGAAGGGAGCCUCCAGCACUCGCACAAUUCGCCUUUGACGCCGACUACGACGAGAAAACUCUGUUGGAUCCGACAUUGUCCGACUGUCCGCCGAGAGUGGCUUCUGGUCUGUCAGAAGUCGCGGCCAAGUGCCUCUCCGAAAAACGAAAGCAGCGCUGCAAAAUUAGGGAAGUGAGCGAAUCAUUACAUGAUCUGCGGGACGCGAUGCGCAACUUCCGGAUGGCGACCUUAUCGAGGACGGGCCUGACGCCCGUGCGUCGAGGGGCUGCGUCGUUACAGGCCGUGAGGGCGGUCAGCGCCUUCGGCGGCCUCGGCAGCGCGCGGCCGUUGCGACCGGCGCCCGUGCUCCAGCAGUCACCAGGUACAAGACUAGGAGCAAAGCCGCUGCCGUUCUAACCACAAGUAUAUUGUUAUUAA